AUGCCGCCACUGGAUGACGCCCACAUAGGGCACGCCUGCCCGUGCACGGCCGCGCCGCCCUGCCGCCAGGCCAGCCUGCAGCGCCGCCGCGGCAGCGGCCCCCGCCGCGCACCGCACCCGCCCGCGCAGACGACGCCCAUGGCCUCUCGCAGCGCCGGCGGCCGCGGCCGCCGCCGUGCACCGCACCCGCCCGCGCAGAAGGACGCCCACGGCCCCAAGCGCCAGCCGGACCCGCCGCCGCCCGCGCCGAGGCACCUCGCCAACCGUCGUGCAGAGGGCCGGGGCCAGCAGAUCCGGCAGCGCAAGGGCCGAAUCCGCUCGCCGCCAGGCCGGAUCCGCGCGCGACGAUGCCCCGGCGCGCCGCCCAGCCGAGACCCGAAGUGCCGCCCCGCCCUGGCGCCCGAGCCCACCACGGACAGAAAUGCCCCCGCCGUCGCCUUCCUCGCCGGCCGCCGGGCUUCCGGUGACAUGCUCGGGCGACGGCAAGGGGUGAAGGAGGCGGCGGGGACUAAAGACGGCGGCGCGAGGGAGCCCCCCGGCCGCCUUGCGGGAGCGACGCCGGGGGGAGGGGGGUAG